CGAUUCUUCAGAGCCGAGUGGUAGCCAACAAACAAACACGGCCGGCGCAGGGGCGGAUGGCUCGGAGUUUCAGACGUCGUUGGUGCCAAUGCGGCGCCAACGAACGCAGUCGAAAUAGCCCUCCUGCUCCGCCUCCCGUUCUCAGCGGCGCGUAACCUUCGCCGGCCAAAAAGGCUCCUCCUCAUCCUGCUCCGCUGUUCCGCCCCGGCGGUUGCUGAGAAGAUAAAUACACAACAUCCAUCCUACAGUCCUACACAUGAUGGUUUCACAUAAGGAAUUUUAGGAAUAGGAUCGCAGAGGUGUAUUGACAUGAAGCUUGUCCAGUGAUGUAGCGCUAGUCUGCAGUGCAACAUUCUGAGGGGAGCAUUCAUGGCUGACGCCCUACUUCUUGUUCUCAGAAAAGUUGCUCUCUCCCUUGGAGAAGGGGCAUUAGAGAAGCUGAGCACAGGGGUGGUGGAGGAAGCAUCAUCUGUCACAGAUUUCGAGCAUGGCAUGAAACAAAUCGAAAGCGAGUUCACGAUUCUGCAGGCAUUUAUUGGCCAGGUUAGCGCACUGAAUGUUGGUGACAAGACAUUUGAAGCCUGGCUGGACCAAGUUACAAAUGUUGCCCAUCAGGUAGAAGACAUCAUUGACGAGUAUAGUUUCCUAACUUUGCAAGGUGAAGUUAUAAACAACUUUUUCAAGCGGAAAUUCCAUCAGGCGAAGAGCUUUGCAGAUUGGCAGAGCCUGUCAAGCCAGAUUGAUCAAGUAGAAACUCGAAUUCAGCGGCUAUCCGCAAUGAAAGAUCGUUAUGGCAUUUCCAUAGGAGUACCAGGCAGGAAUAGCACGUUGCAAUAUACCAGGCAGCUCUCUCUAUCAGAUUCUGCUUAUUUGUCUGAUGAUACUGAAAUAGUGGGCAAUGCCAACGAAAUUGGGAGGUUGACACAAUGGUUACUCUCAGAGGGACAACAUCGAUCGAUCAUGUCAAUACUUGGUAUGGGAGGUUUAGGCAAAACAACCAUAGCAAGCAGUAUCUACAAAAAUAAACGAAUCAGUAGAAUGUUUGAUUGCUUUGCAUGGGUUACUCUAUCUCAGAAUUGCCAAGUUGAAAACCUACUGAGGCAAAUCAUGAAGCAGCUGAUAGACCAAAGAGAUUACAUGGCUGGUGGUAUCGAGACUAUGAGUCAGGUGAUACUAAUUGAGGAACUUCAGAGUUACCUACGGGACAAGAAGUAUCUGAUUGUGCUGGAUGAUGUAUGGGAUAAAAAUGACUGGCUAUUCUUGAACUGUGCAUUUGUAAGAAACAGUCGUGGAAGUAGAGUGCUAGUGACAACUCGCAAAAAGGAUGUUGCUUCUUUAGCAGACAAUGGAUUUGUUGUGGAGCUUGAAUUCCUUCUUUAUAAUGAAGCAUGGAAUCUAUUCUGUCAAAAGGCAUUCCGUAGAUUAGAAGACAAAGUAUGCCCGGUGAAUUUGAGGCCAUGGGCAGAGAAAAUUGUGAAAAAAUGCCAAGGACUGCCAUUGGCUAUCGUUGCAAUUGGGAGCCUGUUAUCGUACCGAGAGUUAGAGGAGCAAGAGUGGAGCUCUUUCCACAACCAACUUAGCUGGCAAUUAUCUAAUAAUCCAGAGCUCAGUUGGCUGAUGAGUGCUCUAAAUCUUAGCUUGAAUGAUCUCCCAAGCUAUUUAAAGAAUUGCUUCCUAUACUGCAGCCUUUUUCCUGAAGACUACAUGAUUCAAAGAAUAUGGAUCUCCAGGAUUUGGAUAUCGGAAGGCCUUGUUGAAGAAAGAGGAGCUGGGACAACAAUGGAGGAAGUUGCUGAGUGUUACCUGAAGGAGCUUACUCAGCGUUCUCUUCUUGAAGUUGCGGAAAGAAAUGUAUAUGGAAGGGCUAGAUCAUUCCAAAUGCAUGACCUUGUGCGUGAUGCAUGUUUGAUUGUUGCAAAAAGAGAGAAGUUUGCAGCUGUAUACGACAAUUCUGGUAUAAUCCAAGUUACAUCUGAAGCCCGACGCUUAUGCAUCCAGAAGGAUGCUCAGUCUCUGAAGGUUGCUGCAGCAUCGCGGAUCCGGUCUUUCAUUUUGUUUGACAGACAAGUAGCAUCCUCUUGGAUAAAUGACAUUUCGUCAAAUUUCCGACUGAUCCGGGUCCUGUGUCUAAGGUUUGCCAACAUUCAUCAAGUGCCGGGUGUUGUCUCAGAGUUACUUAAUUUGCACUAUUUGGAUUUAGCUCACACAAAGGUUAAACAUAUACCAGCAUCGUUCGGGAAACUUAGGAACCUACAAGUUUUAGACCUCAGGUUCUGCUACGUGGAUCAGCUUCCAUGGGAAAUAACACUACUUUCUAAACUGAGGCAUCUGUAUGUAUACAUGCUCCAUGAUGUUCAAGAAAGGAUAUUUGACUGCUUUUCUGCUACAAAUAUCCCUGGCAACAUUUGUCGUCUAAAGAAUCUGCAAAGCUUACAGUCUGUUGCAGCCAAUAAAAACCUGCUUACACAGCUCGGGAGCUUGACAAUGAUGAGAAGUUUGUCCGUAAUAAAAAUGCAUCAAGAUUAUAUUGCGGAAUUAUGGGACUCCUUGGGAAAGAUGCCUAGCCUCAGUAAGUUGGUUAUUUUUGCUAGCAGCAAGGAUGAUGUUCUUAACCUUGUAAUGCUAAAUCCCUUGCCAAAUCUGAACUUUUUCUGGGUGAGAGGAAGGUUGUAUGAGAAAGUGCUCCCACAGAUGUUUGCAAGUUUCGGCAAGCUCACUACGUUGAAAAUUGACUGUUGUUGUCUGAAGAAAGAUCCUAUUAGCUCUUUUGCACAUAUGCUUGUUCUAGUUGAUCUGAAUCUUUACAAGACAUAUGAUGGGGAACAUUUAACAUUUCGCUCAGGAUGGUUUCCCAAGCUCAGUUCUCUUGAAUUAGUUGACAUGGAACAUCUGAACUGGAUUGAGAUAGAGGAAGGCGCAAUGAAGGUGCUACAUACUUUGGAAAUGGUUGGUCUAAGGAGUCUUAAGGCAGUGCCUCAAGGCAUCAAGCACAUUAAGACACUGCAGAAGAUGCUUCUAACAGAUAUGUCAAAGGAGUUCAUGGAUAGGCUACAAGGAGAUGACAGCGACAUAGUUGAGCAUAUAUCUAACGUCCAGAGUUUUUACUCGAAUUUUCAAUCAGUAAACAAGUUGGUUCCUCUGCCAAAUCUUGCAAAGAAGUAUGGCUUUUGUGGCACAGAGUGGUGGGAGCUUUAGGCAGGAGAUGUAUGUUGAAGUUCUUGUGUAGAGCAAUCACUUGACCAGCUGUACAUAAAUAUGAAACAUAAGAUUGCUGUCGAUAAAGAUCACAUCUGCAUGGAGAAGGAAGCAUGUGUUAACUGAAGAUUCUAUAUUUUAGCAAAAGUUGAAUCCUGUAGAAAUGUAAUAGCCACCGUGGCAGACUGCAAUUCCUAUAUGCCUCUCUGCAUAGACCUGAAACAUGUGUUUUGUAAUUUCAGAUUGUGUGUUUUCACA